GUUUCAACGCUGCUUUGAUACCCCCAGAUGAUCUUGCAGACCUGCACGAGGAAGACCAGGAUCCAGCCGUCCCGGAGGUGUUGCCACUGCGUUACACGUGGGUCGUGUGGCAGCAAUUGGCCUCCUCUGGGAAGAGCGUGCCUUACGAGCAGUCCACCAAGCAGAUUGCGUCAGUAGCCACGGUGGAGGAGUUCUGGCAUGUCUUUGACCGCCUGCCGCAGCCCAGCGACCUCCUGACGAGGCGGAUGGCAGAGAAAGCCGUGGAGGAUGGAUCUCACAUCGUGGAUGCCCUCAUGAUCUUUCGGGAGGGCGUGCUCCCGCAAUGGGAGGAUGCCGCAAAUUCUGAAGGCGGACAUCUGCAGUUCCACUUCAAGGCUUCAGUUAGUGGUUCGCAGCUAGACGAGUACUGGAACAACCUGGUACUGGGUGCAUUGGGCAACACGUUGGAGCCUCCAGACAUGAUCACAGGCCUCCGGCUGGUGGACAAAGUCACUACUGGCAAGGGAGGUGUACCGAGCAUGCUGCGCAUGGAGGUCUGGUUUGGGAAUUCCAGCGACGUGCAGGCUGUUACAGCCCUGCAGCGCAACGUGGAGCGCUGUGUGGCGACAAGGACUUUGGAAGGCCGCAUCGGCGCGCUGCCCAAGGCGGACUUGAAGCACCACAAGAUGACGCGGCAUCAAUGA